AUGGACGCGGUUCGUGUGUCUUCUGGCCCCACCUUCGAGACUAUUCCCCCAGAAAUACGUCUCUCAAUUUAUGACUACUUGUAUGCGGAGGAGUACAACAAAUUCCACAUACCUACAGAAGUUCAUGGUAGUCUGGAAACAAUAUUUUUCGAUAAGGGUGCACUUUCCCUUUUCCGGGUUAAUUCCAAAAUAUCCAAUGAAAGCCUUGCAGCUUUUCAUCGGACCAAUGACUUCAUUGCUUUGCUUUGCGAUUCCGUCUUCUUAACCACAUUUUUGCGAUAUGCUUUUCCACUUAAGGAAUCUCGGAAUCUAGAAUCCUGGACUAGGGUCAAGCUAAUCUUUGGCAAAAGACGAACACAGGCCGAAGAUGAUUUAGCCUGGACAUCUAUGUCCAAUCGGCAAGUACUAUUCAUGCCAAAAUAUCUGUCACGUUUAGUACAGCUUAUCAAUAGCUGUAAUGUCAAAUUAAGUGGAGCUUAUUUUCCAUCUUUCUGGCGAGUACUAAAUAUCAAGAUCAAAACUAAUCCGAACAGCAGAUUUCUGAGAAGCGACCUUGCAACAGCUAAACGACUAGUUUUAUUGUUCUCACAGCAGUUGAUCCCUAGCUCGUCUUGGAGAGAAGUUCCCAACGAAAGUCAAUUCGAGGGUUACCAUGCACAUUACGAAUUGAUACUUCCAUCCCGAACGGCCAUCGAUCGCAGCCUAGCCCCUAGGAAUGUAAGGCCUUUUCCGACCUUCGGUGAUGAUGGCAAAAUCCUGGCUGAAGUAAAGGACCUGCUUAGACGCGGGACUAAUCUACUUCGCCAGGGAGAUUUCAAAGGUCGGCAAGACUUGUGCAUCGCUGCGAGCCUUAUGGGAAUCUCCAUGAACGAGUUUAGGAAGCGUUACCGUAUGCGCGUGGAGCUGAUGACCAUAGAAAGGUGGACAAUCAUCAACGAAAUUUUCAAGCAAUUUUUCGAAGAUGAAGAAAGACUACAAAAUUACGAAGGUCUAGGGGCAUGGAUGACUGCUUGGCUUCACUGGGCUGACUACUAUGCAGAGGUGCACAAUACGCUGGAACCCGAUAUGUACGCAAUGCGAUACCUGGUGGCGGUUGAGGCUUAUGAUCAUGCUAUCGACAAAUUAGAAGAAAGUCCGCGUUUGACUCAGGCCUUGGAUAGAUAG